AUGUUUGCUGUCUCUCUACAGAUCAGGACGGACUCAGUAAGAUCAUACUCUUCUUCAAUAGCACCAACUACCCCUCAGACUAGGAUCAGUGUGCCUCAUGUAGCACCACAGCCCUCUCCUCCUCCCCCACCCCCACCACCACCCCCACCCCCUCCUGCUGCUCCCUUUAACAAAUACAGCACCAUUAGCAGACAACAGGCAAGCAAACAGCCAGUCACACAUUCCUUUGUUAAUCUGCCCACUAUGGGGCAGCAGGCUAUCCCACCAGCCCCGCCCUCGCAGCUGCUGAAGCCACAGUUGCUAGUUGAAAGUGAUGGGCAGUGUGUUCCUCUGCCAGUUCCCUUGACUCCUCCACCCCCACCACCCAUUCAAACAAUCCCUGCUGUAGCUGCAUUGAAACCAGAACCAUCCAGUCCUUCCCCCAUACUUCCUGCCUUCACCCCACCACCUCCACCACAGAAAUUACAACAGCAAAACAUUCCGGCCGUUGCGCAGCUGUUGGUUCCUCCUCCUCCACCUCCUCCACCACCACCACCUCCCCCUCUGCCAGCUGUAUUGCAGGCCAUUGUCCCUAAAAAGAUAGCAGCUCCAUUCAGCACCUCUGUAAAUCAUCCACCUCAAACAGCUCCUAAACCAGCAGUGUCUAGUGUUGUUCAGAUGGAACCCCUUCCAACACCACCCCCUCCCCCAACCCCUCCCCCAACAUCAGCAAAACCACCCAAGUUCUCAGUUGCACAGAUGCCGAUGCCACUGCCACCACCCUCUCUUCCUUCAUCCCCUCACCUACCUGCACCAAAGCAACUGGGUGAAGCUACAGACCAAGUGCCCAUUCCUCCUCCACCUACAGUAUCCAUUGUGAAACAGUCCAUUAGCCAGUUCCAGCCUCCACCACCACCACCUCCACCUGCAAAGACGCCAGCAACCUCCCUUCCAGCUCCCAUGUCACCCCCAGCUGUGAAAGCAAAACCCAAAUGGCAGCCUAGUUCCCUCCCAUCACCUGAGUUUCCUCCUCCACCUCCUGAAAGCAGUUUACCCCAACCUCCCCCACCUGCCCCCACUCCUCCUCCCACUCCAAUCAAAUCCGCUUCGGUCAAAAAACCGAAAAAAACAUCCAGCCCCAGUGCCAAGAAGCCACCUCCCACACCCCAGAGGCAUUCCAGCAUAAAAGGAUCCAGUUGUGCAGAUAUGAAGGAGUCCAGAAAUCCUGUGGAGCCCCUAUGCAACAAGUUUGAACAACCAACAGUUUCCUUAGCCUCUCCAGCACCAGAUGCCACAGCUUCACCGCCUGCUCCCUCGAAGCCUGGCAAGUUAAAUUUGGCUGCAGUAAAUUUGAUGUUCCCACCAGGAGUGCAGCCAGGUAAAGGGCCAGGAGUUCCAACUGCUUCAAAGGAGCCUGUGUCCGAGUUUCCCUCGCCGCCUUCGGAUUCAGACUUCCCACCCCCACCUCCAGAUUUAGAUCUUCUACCCCCUCCUCCAAUGGAGAUGGCAGCUCCUGGUGGUUUCUCCAAUGCUGUUCCACCUAAAGUAGCUGUGGUAAACCCUCAGCCGCAAACCUGGUCCAAAUCAUCUGUGAAGAAGGCGCCACCACCAGUACUUCCCAAAAGGAGUGACAGCACCCGCUUGACACAAGGAGAGCCUACAGAACACCAAGCUCCUCCCAUCAAUCCAGUACCAGUGUCUCCAAAACCAGCCUUGUCUGUACAGCCUCAUUUUCUGGCUGACCUCAAUAGGACUCUGCAAAGAAAGUCUUUCACCCGACAUAGCUCGGUAACCUCUGCACGUCAAUCCAAAGCAGACACCAUCACCACCAUGGAUGACAUGGUGCUUCCUCCCCCUCCUCCUGAGUUGCUUUUUGACCAGGAAUCUACUGGCGCAUAUGCAUCUGGCAACAUCUCAGGCUAUGCAACGUUACGGCGUGGACCACCUCCAGCUCCACCCAAACGGGGAGACAGCACUAAGUUGAGUCGGGAUUGUUGAUGACCCAGCCGCCUAUGUGCUGUUUACAUGCUGCUCCAUAUACUCCUCAUCUGCAAUAUUCAAAGCGAUAUAUUAAUUGCCUUUCUUAAAACUCUGGCUGCAUACAUCUUCAACAAAAUUAGAUCACAUUACUCUUUGUAGAAAUCCUCAUUCUUGGAUCAAUGAAGUGUUGUGUUUCACUUGUAAAGUCAAAUCGCUCUACUUGUGUAAAUAUGGAUGCUUUGGCAUAUAAUGAGACCCAGUAUUGGGACAGGGUGCUGGAGUUUGUGGUUUAUCUGAAAGUUUCCCAGUUAGUUCAGUGGGGAUAGUUGAGGUGGACCCAGAGAAAAUGAAUGCUUUCCUUCCACUUAGUCCUAUUAAAGGUCGUUGUGAUUUAAUUUGGAAUUUUUGUCUUUGCCAUUGGAAGACUUCUUAAUUGGCAACCUUCCCAGUGUGAUUAUUAGCAGUUUUCUUUGUUUUUGGGAGCUGGGACUAGAAGUAUGGUCAUGAUCAGUUGGGGAAGGGACUGUUAAUUUUCUUCAUUCUAUUGGUUUUCAACAUUUUAAAUGUUCCUCAUGGAAAUAAAGCCUACAGAAUGUUGACUGAUUGGAGGUUUGGAAUUCUCAUAUGUUUUGAUCUGACAAACCCUUCUCAAUUGGAGUCACCUAAGACUUUAAGCUUCUAUUUUGAAGGGUGAAACAGAGCAUCAGUGACUUAGUUUUUUUUAAAAUCUAAGGUGUUGAAGCUUUUAAAUGAUUGAGUGCAAGAAAGGUGAUAAAGAAUAGAUCUGGAUUCUCACAACACAGGUCCAAGAAUAAGAUUGAAAAGUUCACUGCUACUUUUACAAUUAUUUUAUUUGAAUCUACUGACAGUAUACUGAUUGAGCUGGUUUGCUGCUGGCAGGAUAAUCUUAGAUUUAUUUUGUAGUUUUCUGUUGAGCUAGUUCAUCUCGGCUGGAGAGCUGUUAGGUUGUAAAAUUGAGCUGGGCUGAGUAACUUGGUACCAAUAACCCCCCUUUCAAGUAAAUCUACCAAUGACGUCAAAUUCAUCUUGGUUGUGGGAGAUUAUGUUCUUUCCUUACAUUUACUGAAGGCUACCCACUUAAAUACGGCACCCAGGUAACCCAGCAACAGUUACUGCCUUGUGGGGAGGGAAGAAUAUGGAAGGGGACAGGGCAGGGCAGCAAAGAAAUUGCCAUUAAAUUAAAUGCCAUUAAUUGCAUUUAGAUAAAAAGAAUCUAAUGUCAAGAUAAAAUCUGACAGCAUUUUCUUUCCAGAUUUGCUAGCUGGAUGUUCCCAUGUGGAAAUAUUAGAGUUGGUCUAAAGCUGUGUGACCAACCACUCAGUGGUGUCUUAAUGUAGGUGGACAGCAAAAUAAUUCUGGAAAGGAAUUGCCCAACCUAAACCUUUUCAGUUUUUUUUCCUUUUAGAAACCAGAUCAUUUCUGGCAAGAAUCAAAACUUUAUGGAUAUUUUAUUUUACAGAUCUCGUUGAAAUGAUUUCUACUUUUUUUUGAAAAGACUGGUGUUAUCUGUCACCACAGGACCUGACUUGCCUUGAAAUGUGUUGGAAUGAAAGACCAAAUGCAAAAUAAGCAAGCACAUAGCAUCGUAACAGCAUGUUUGUGAUUGGUAUUUGCAUCAGAUUACAAGUACUAUGGUUGGGCAACCUUCUUGUGUUUAAACAUCAGUUGUGAUUGUGUUUUACAACAUCUCCAGAAUUUUACAGAAUUAGAGGAGCCAUGUGGUACAUUAUGUCUGUACCAGCUCCUUGGAAGAGUUAGCCAAUUAGACCCUCACCUACCUUUCCCCACAGCCUUACAAUUUUAUCCAAUACAUCCAAAUUCCUCUUGAAAGUUAGUAUUGAAUCUGCUUCAGCCACUGUCUUUCACGCAAUGAGUUCCAGAUCAUAAUUCACUGCAUAAAACAAAAUUUACUUUGCCUUGCUUCCUUUGCCAGUUAUCUUAAAUCUAUAUGUUGUUGCCAUCAUUUUUGCUUGUGCUGCAGUAUAAUUUACUUACUCUUAUCAAAGCUUUCUUCAUAUUUUUGAAUGUCUACAUGAAAUCUCUGGUUACACUUCUCUGCUGUAAAAAGGACAAUCAAAGCUUCUGCAAUCUCCCUGAAUAAUGGGAUUUCUAUCAUCAUUGGUCUCCCAACUUUUAAAGUAGUCUGGUACCGACCAGUAAUUUUCCCCUGUGAUAUAUUUCCCUUCACCUCAAAUCAGAUGCCUGCUGAGUUUUCCCAUUCACUACAUAUGAUGUAUACAUACAGCAUUCCCAUUCAUUACUUAUCCAUGUGCAUGCCAGGUAUUUCAUUUUACUGCAUAGUCCACAUUCAUACACAAUAUUGCCAUUCAUUACAUUUACUUUGUAAUUGCCAUUCUCUACGUGCCAUGUGUGCGCAGAACAUUCCCAUUCACUACACGUGUAUGAAGUAUUUCAUUUACUACACAGGCUGUGUUCAUACACAGCAUUGCCAUUUCCCUACAUCAAUCAUUAGUGAUUAGGAAUACUCUACAUACAUGUCAAAUGCAUGCCUACACAGUAUUCUCAUUUACUGCAUCAACCAUGUACAUGCAGAGUAUUCCUAUUCACUGCAUUGACUAUCGUGUGCAGUAUAUUGCCAUUCACUACAUCAACCAUAUGUUCAGAGUAUUCCCACUCACUACAUAGACCCUACAUGUGGAAUAUUCUUGUUCACUACAGUUUAUGCGUGCACAGAAUAUUCCCAUUCACAUCUGCUAUAUACAUAGAGUAUUCCCAUUAAGUACGUAGACUGUGUGUGUGUGUGUGUGUGUGUAAAAAAAAAAAAGUAUUUCCAUUCAUUACAGCAUUCGUUGAAGUUCUAUUAAUAUUUUCAGUGCGUCAGUUGCUAGGUGGUACCAUGUCUAAGAGUUCAUGUGGGUUUUUGAUGCAUCGUUACUGUCAUUUUUGGUACAAAAUGAAAACAUCCGUUGGUCAGGUGGAUGUUUGUGAAACACACUCACCAUAAGUAAGAUCCUUAGUACUCUGCAUGUACUUGUUAGGUUAUCUCUAUGCAAUAUGCUGAAUUCAGUUUUGUUUGUGUAUGAAUACAUGUCACACGUCUUUUUUGGGGUUUUUUGUGACCCAGUCUGGAAUGAAUGAGCAACCUCCCAUUAUGCUUGGUAUUUAUAACUUGUUAAAUAAUGAUGCUAGCUGGGCUUAACAAAAAAAAAACCUGCGGAUGCUGGAAAUCGGAAUCAAAAACAAUAGAGAUUGCUGGAAAAACUCAGCUGGUCUGGCAGCAUCUAUGGAGCGAAAGCAGAGUUAACGUUUCAAGUACUGUGGCCCUCUUCAGAACUGAUGUAGCUAGGAAAAGGUUUGUAUUUAUGCAGAAUUUGGCAUAGGGGGAGAUGAGGGGAGUAACUGAUCGAUGGAGAGAAAACUCAGAAACACCAGCAACUUCUGUUUUUCUCACUAGCUAGGCUGUUCUGUCGUUUUGUUUGGGAUAGGAAAACUAUGAAAAGUAGGUUUUGCUAAUCACUAUGAAUCAUGACAAAUAGGUCUAUUAAUUGUGACCCAGACUGGGAGAUGCCUAAAGUUGGUGUUUAUUUUAUCCUUGUAUUAACCCACUGGAAUUUUGAGAGGACAAGAAUUGCAAUCCAAUUUGCUAUUUCAUCAACAAUGGAAGGAUCAUAUUCCAGAUGAAAUUGCCUGGUAUCUUUUGAUCUGUUCAAGUUGAGUGUAAUUUACUAUCUACCAUAUGUAUCACUCUGAAAGCUGGAAGAAAAUGGUGUUGCAAUUUUUAUUUGACUUCAAAAAGUCAGUUUUGAUAAAGCUAGCAACCUAUUCGGCAUCGAGAUCUGGAAGAAAGGUGGAGUGGGGUAGGGGGCAGAGGAGGGGGAGAAUUCCUAGCCCUGGUUAAGAAUUAAAAACUACGAACAUGCUUUAUGAAAAGAUACUGAACUAUUGAGCAGUAUCAACUUACAGCACUCCGUGGCUUAAGGAAGGGAUUUAUAGAGCACUUUUUCACAAUCUCAGGAUGUUCCAAACUCUACAGAAGUAAUUAAGUAGCUGUAAAAUGCAGUCUCUAGAUUUUUGGUGGGGGGAGUAGGGGAGAAAUGGGAUAGUCACUUUGCCAUUUUUCAACCAUAUUAUUUAAUGAAACAAAUCAUAAAAUCUUACAGCAAAGGAGGUCAUUAUGCUUGUGCUGGCACUUUAAGUUAUACAAUUAGUUUGCUCUUUCCCCAUAUUCGUACAAGUCUUUUCUUUUCCUUAAAAAUAUUUAUACAAUUUUGUUUUGAGGUCACCAUUGAAUCUGCUUCCACCACCCUUGCAGGUAGUAUAUUAUAAAUGAUCAUAUCUAUAUGUGGAAAGGAAUUCUUCUCAGCUUCCCACUGAUUAUUUUGGAAAUUUAUUUAAAAUCUUGUCCACUGCUUACUGACCUUUCUUCCAGAGGAAACAGUUCUCCCUUUCUACUUUUAAAAUCCCACAUGGUUUUGAACAUCUGUUAAAAGUCUGCUUAACUUUGUCUGCUUUUGAGCACAGACCAGGAUUCCCUACUCAAUUCACAUGUUGUAGUCCUUCCUCCAUGGUAUCAUUCUAGUAAAUCUCCUCUACGCCCUCUCCAAUAUUUUGACAUCUUCUAAAGUGUGGAGCCUAGAAAUGGGCAAAACUCCAGUGGAGUCCUAACUAGUAUUUUGUAAAGGUUUAGCAUGACUUCCUUGUGCCUGUGUGAAGCCAGAGAUUCCUUAAGCUAUUUUAAGUGUUCCCUCUUUAUCUGUCACCUUCAAAGAUUUUUGUUAAAACCCUCAAUUCUCCCUGUUCUUGUACCCCUUUUAAAAUUGCACAUUGAACUUGCAUUGCUUCUCCUCAUUCUUCCUUCCAAAACACAUACGUCACAGUUCUUUGCAUUAAAUUGAAUCAUAACACAUACAGAAUUUCAAGAAUUUAUGAUCCUUCUCCCUGCUCAAUAUUUUUGAGUUUGAAGUGAUGCCUUGUAUACUCCUGUCCAGGUCAACAAUAUCAAAAGUGGCAAGGCUCACACUGAUCCCUGGGACACUACUGUACACCUUUUCUCCACUCAAACACAAAAUACACACCAGUUCUUUCUAUGCUGUUGCAACUUUGUAUGUCCAAGUAAUCUCUGUUUUUGGGUAUGUGAUAAACAGAUUAAUGCACUGGUUUUAUUUAAAGGGUAUGAUUUAAAGUGCUCAAUCUUAAUGUGAGCAUGAGGAUUUUUAAUUUCUGUAAGACCAUGUUAUUUCUCAGGCCCCCUCUAGCUUGACAUAUAAAAAAAAGAAAUAGAAUUUGAAUACAUUUUUGCAGAUCCAGACUGAAGAAAUUUAAGCUUCAUUCUGGAUCCUUUGGGGAAAUUGAGGAAAUAGGGUAUCAGCAGAUUAUCAUCAGAGGGUAAUUAGUGAGAAGAUAACCUAGAGCUCAGCCCACUGGAGUAGUGGAAGUAGAAACAGUAAUUCCAAAAAGAAAUGGGGUGGGCAAUUGGAAACAAGCUUACAGCCCCAGGGGAUUAAAUUUAUGGGCAGUGUUGACUAGCUUAAUCCAUGGGGAGCCAGCAUGCACAUCAGCUAAAUGGCCUCUUUCUGUGCAUUAAAACAGGAAAUGUCCGAUUCAGUAAUGAAUCUCCUCUAGGCUUUGGUGACCUUUUAUUUUUUGAAAGUGCCUACAGUGGUACUGCUUGUGUUCAGUAGUUGCCUUUGUGGGGAAGUAAAUGUGAGACCUUUUGUUGUGACACACUGCAGCACUUCAAAAGCUUUGACAAGCUAAGUACAAAUUGCAUGGAGAGGCAGAUUCCUAGAAUGUCUGCCUUUAUGGUGACAGUAAUGCGAGCUAUUUCAUGUAAAAUAAAUAAUUUGAAAGAAAAAUUUUUGAAGCUACACUACUGACUAAGCAGGAGACAUCAAUGUGGAAAAGUAGUCAGUUUCUGAACUAGAAUAAUAUUGUGGUUUAUGAUGCACCUAUAGUACUUUUGACCUCAACCCUUCCAUCGACCCAUGUGUUUUACAAUAACAGUCACAGCUCUCUGAAAAAGAUCUUGAUCUACCUUUGAAUCAGACAGUAAAAUUAACACAACCCAAAUGCUAGACUGUGGUGCAGACAGUGAAGGAUCUCUCGUUAGCAGCAGCAAUCUGCCAAUUUUUUUCUUAAGCUCAGGGUGUGGAUAUUGCUGACACGGCCAACAUUUAUACCCCUGUCCUUGGGAGCCAUCUGCUUGAACUGUUGUAUGGUAUAAGGUGAAUGUAUUUUGCCAGCACUGUUAAUAAACAAUGACAUAUAACCAACUCAGGAUGGCGAAUGGCUUAGAGGGGAUCAUGGAGUGUUACCAUGCAACUGUUUCACUUAUCCUAAAUGGUGGAAGCUGGGGGUUUGACAAUGUGCUGCAGUGCAUUCUGUAGAUUGAUAUCUAAAAUGGUGGAUGGGAUGCCAAUGACCUCCAUGUUUGUAGUUUGUACAAUUAAUGGACUGCUUUCUCCUGGGUGGUGCAGAGUUGAGUGCUUCAACUGCACUAAUGAGUGUUUGGGCCUGGCACAAUAGCCAGGUGUAGUCAUCUUGUGUGAACAGGUGGAUUAUUGUCAUUUUAGUGACUUUGUUGCUGGCAGUUUUGCAUUCUCUUAAUGUUGAGUGAUGUCCCUUUGUGAGAAGUCCUUUUCCCAGCACUCCCUUUGUAAGUACUAUGAAUGGAGAUUACAGUAAGAGUAUUUUUAUUAUUGAUGCUAAAGUGACAAUGAAGCAGAAAUCCCUCUUCUGAACACCCCCAGCCCUGCCCUCAACUUUCAUGAGUACCCUUCCUCCUCUCUUUCAUAGAAUCUAGGAAACCCCAAAUGGUGUUGCAAGUGGGCAAUUUGUGCAAUUGUCAGUUGACACUAUAAAAUUAUUUUUUUUUAGAAUAGCAUCCUUUUAUAGCAAGAGCAAAGUUACUGAAGGUAUGCACUAUUGAAACAAGUAUCAGUGAUUAAAAUGGGGAGAAUGCUAUUUAUGGAUUGUACAGGCAGUUUGUAAACCUGAUGUGAACGAACAAACUUAUGGUCUGGUGUGUCUUCUUCCUAUUCUCGGUUGGAUUUUCAUAAAUUGCAACAGUAUUGAGAAUUUAUCACCAAAGGCCUUGAGAAUCAACUGGCCUUUCUCAUCUUGAGCUUCUUGUCAAAAUUAGUACUGGGAUGAUUGACUAUUUGGAAGAGGAUGGGAGAUGGGAAGAGGCGCGAAGCUGAGAGUUUCUACCAAAGUUUUUUUUUUUUAAAAAAGCCAAAGAAUCAGUUGUAAAUGCUGGAACCAUGAAUGGUGCAUUGGAUUUGGGCUGGAAAAGGAGUUCACAGGCAGAUUCUUGGUACUAGAUUUGAUGCUCUGGUAAUGUGGUUUGUGUAACACUUGGAAGGGUUAGGUUUAGUAAUGAGAUGAUGAUUUAUCAACAGGCUUGUCAAUAAACUGCUGCGGUACUGUUUCCUGUUAUUGCAGGGGUUGAAGUGGUCUUGGACUAUUUGUCACAUUACUGAUCACAUUGUAUUUUUCCAUUUUGAGUGUCGUGGAGGGCAGUUCAUUCUUUUUAUUACAGUGAGCCACAGACUGGGAAAAACUGUACAGACUAAACUUUCACUUGAGGGACAUGAGCUGUACGUCUAAAGACCACUGUCACUGCUCGUCCUGCAAAUUUCCUCUGGAACCUGUGAAACAUUCUUGCAUCACGUAGUUCAGAUAUAAUGCUGACCAUAAGACUAUAAUCAGAAGCAUUCUUAAAACUGGACUCAGGCGUGUGCACCACUACGUGGCAUCAAUGACAGGAUGUUUGGUUGGUGGUGCAGUGAAGUGAAGAGAAUGUUAUGAAAUACAUGAGAAUUUUUGUACUAUAUAAUUCACUAUUAAAUCCCAUGACACAUGCCAAGCUUGCUUAGUGUCUGUACAGUUAUUGGGGGAAUGUUUUGCCUUAAAUCAGACUCAAGUGAAGGGGCAGCCUGUAACCUGUUUGGUGGCUAGAAAUAUCACAGCUAUUCCCAACUUUUCAUUAUUGGUUUAAGCCAUGUGUUUUGUUUCAGUCUAAUGUAAAGUUAUUUUUGAGUGCUGCUGGUUAAAUGUAGAGAUUGCUGACCCACUCUCUGGCUAAAACAAAAUGCUGUACCAUUUUAAGGCCAUCUAACACCCCUGCUCCAGGGAGUGGCUGGCAAUCUGGUUCAAUAAGGGAAAGAUCACUGUCAAGUUGGAGAGUAAUACUGUAUAUAAUUUUCAUUCCUUCCACCCCAUGUUCACUCUAAGAGAAGAACAUAUGCAAGUUUCUUUUUUUAAAAAAAUGUAAACUGAAAUGUAUUAAUACUGGAGACUGUAAUUAAUGCAUGACAAACAUAAGUUUUUAUGACAAUAAAUUGAUUUCAAACUAAA